AUGCCUGUUGCAGUAUCGACAGGCUACUAUCGCUUCACUGACAUCUUCUUCGAGUGGCACCAGGUCCUGCCCGAGCCCAAGGACAUCAGCCCGCUCAAGGCCCUCCUCGCCUACGACGCCCUCGUCCACCCCGACCACCCUCUCCGCAAAGCCGGCAUUGACGGCAUCGAGCUCUUCCUCGGGACGUUCCCGAACGGGGAGAUGCGCCUGCUCUUCUCCUCCACCCAGAUCGAGUACAUCCGCUACUGGCUGCACGCCAUGCGCCUCACCGACGCCCCGCUCCCCAUCCCCGCGUCCGACUACCUCCUCCAGUCCUCCGACCUCACCAACUGCUCGCCCUGCGUCUACCGCGACGCCGCCAGCCUCAAGAAGGCAAUCAAGACGAUCGAGAAGAACAACAGGCGCAUGAAGGGCACGACGACCCUGCUCGCCGCGCGCCGCCUCGCGUUCGAGAAGGUGCGCACCCUCUGGGCCGCGCGCGCCGGCACCUGGCUCGCGCUCGACUUCGAGGCCUGGGACCGCGACCACACCGUGCUCACCGAGUUCGGCUGGAGCCUCGUCCGCUGGGACGACCAGCAUGAGCACGAGCAGCUCGCGCAGCGCGGCCAUCUCGUCGUCAAGGAGCACCGCGGGUACACGAACACGUACGUCCCCGAGCGUCGCGAUUAUUACAACUUCGGGCAGAGCGAGGAGGUCAGCAAGCAGGCGUUCAAGGAGCGCAUAUGCGCGCUCGUCGACGAGCACAGCGCGCGCGGCCCGCUCUUCCUCGUCUUCCACGACAACAGCCAGGACAUCAAGUACCUGCGCUCGGACGCGCUGCGCGCGGUCUCCGAGCUCGAGUUCAUCCUCCCCGACGCGCCGCCCGCGCGCGGCGUCUUCGUCGUCGACACCGCGGAUCUCUUCGCCGCGCUCGAGGGCGAGUCCAGCGCGAACCGCCGCGCGCUCGAGCGCGUGUGCAUCCACCUGCAGAUCAAGACCGAGUCCCUGCACAACGCGGGGAACGACGCCCACUACACGCUGCUCGCGAUGCAGAGCAUGGCCGCGGGGGACCCCGUCGACGUGCAGCGCGAGAAGCGCUGGCCGAACCGCACGACGAGCACGGACCCCAAGGUCGCGUUCGAGCCGUGGGAGGAGGACUCGGACUACGACGACUUCGAAGGUCUGAUGCCCCCCGGCGUGCCUGUUGCCCCGGCGGAGGCGGAGGUGGACGCGGACGCGGACGCGGACGCGAGCGGCGACGCGAACGGGGAGGGCACUAACUUUUGGCAGUGA